ACGGCGAGCUGCCCGAUGGACGCUCAACUUGGCUAUAACAGCGGAAGAGACGAUGCGGCCACGUCGGUGUACGGUCUCCCGCUCAUAUUCAGGCAGGAGCCACCCGCAGCACGAUACCGUUGCACUUCACAUUCACUUUUGAUCAAUGUGAAAGUCGUCUCGAAAACGCAAACGCCAAGACGCAUGUGCGCGCAGCUGAUCAGGCAGUGGCCAUGUCAAGUUGAUCGCGAUUCCUUCCUUUUCACCAUGCGCACCAACUUCAACACCUUGGGCAGAUAUGGCUGAUGCCGUGGAGAAGCUGUGCAGCAUUGCGAAGGCGCUCCGCCUGUGCCGCCAAUGCGAAACUCGACUCACAGGCAUCCGCAGCCAACAAGCAGAUGAUCCGCCGUUACUCGACCUUCCAAUUGAAGACAUCGGAAAACCUAUCAGGGAGGACCCCAAGCGCGGACGCAGUCGUACGCCGCGACAACGAAGCACAGCUUCCAGCAAAUCGCAGGCGUCCUCAGCACGCGAAAUUAUCGAGCAACCCUCGAACGAGGUCAUCUACAGGAGAUGCUUCAUCAACAAUGUUCGCAGCGUCGAUUGCGACUUCCAAUCCUUCUCCGUAAAAGACUGUGACUUGGAGAACGUCACUUUCAGAGGCUGCUCGUUCUCCAACGUCGUCUUCGAGGAUAUCAAGCUCAAGAACGUCACGUUCUUCAAUGUUGACUUCCGAAAUGUCUGGCUGAAGAACAUCAAUUGGAUAUGCGCUCUUUGGGAUGGCGUCGGUUUGGCUGAUGCUGUGGUAACCGGAUACGACUUCUUGCGUCAACUCGAAGACGAGAAGCGACCAAAACUCGUUCUCUCGCUCAAGGCCAGACCAACAAGCAAGCUCAGCAAGACCAUGAUUCUCCAUCCGCACAGAGCGCAGAGCUCCAGAGCCGUGCAGGAUGGCGAGUCCGAAAUUGUCUGUCAGGGGAUUGUCCAAGGUUUACUGCGACUGCCUGAUAAAGUCGUCGAUCGAAUAUUGGAUCAUCUCUUCCCGCGAAUGCAUAGAGAGCAAAUCGUGAUGAGUGAUAUCCCGAUUACAGCUCUCAAGGACCAAAAUUCUCAGACAUCGUACGUCACACGUAGUCCUUUUGGAUUCCGCUCAGCUCCAUUUUCCUAUCACGGCUGGCCGUCACCGAAUGCCUCGAAGACUGCAAGCGAACAGGCAGACCACUCGAGCUUUCACUUCUGUCUGCCUUUCCUGCGCGUUUCGAAACAGUGCUACGAGCUUGGCGUACGGCAUGUCUACGACAGGCGCCUCUACUUCGAUGACAAGCCUGAGCGGUGCGUCGCGUUCUUGCAGGAUCACCAAUCGCCUGAGCACAAGUGCCUAGCCAUUGCUCUGAGACACUCAUCCCAGACAGACCCCACUGCUUGGCGUCGACUUUUCGACAUGCUUCUUGAUGACAAAAAUGCUAUCAACGAGCUCAGUGUGGAGAUAUCGAGCGAGUUCUGGAGCAGCAGCAUAUGGCGUGGCAAGUGUUGGCCAGAGACUCUGAUCGGCUGGAAAGGGUGGAAUGCAGUCUGGCAGCCGCUGCUCAGUGAUCCCAAAGAUUCAGAGAAGAGCUUCUUGGAAGCCGUAGCAAGAUUACCAGGAUCGAGGUUGCAAAGUGGGAAGGCCCCAAAGAAAGCGGAGGAUGUGAGGUUCUUCUUGACCAUACAAGGCGCGGAUGGUUUCCCAAGUCGCGAGGCGUUCGUGGAUGAGGUUCAGAUGAAACUUCGUAUGCGUAUGCUCGGGGUGGCAGAGCGAUAAAGUGGAAGAUUGUAUGCUUUGAAUGAGUUUCCAAUGGGACAUAGCGUUCCCCAGAUAGAGGGCCAACAGUCACCUCUAAGUCAAUGACAUUCGGUGACAUAAGCAUAGACGCUCGACUUUUGCUGAUGCUGGUACGGUAGCAGGACUGCGGGUGAGGUCCAUCUAGAGUGUUGAACAUGAACACUUUCGAAAGCUACCAUCUUCCCCGACCACCAAGAAGC